AUGGCGACUGGCGCGCUCCCAGCCGGCUGCUCCCUGCUGGCGCUGCUGCUUGGGACGCUGCUGCCGCUCGCGGGUCGCGGCCUGAACGCCGAGUCCGGCCCGACCGCCGGAGACCCGUUCCUCUGUCAGGACCCGAGCCGGCGCGACCUGCUGCUGCCCGCCAGUCGGCUCUGCGAUGGCUUGUUUGACUGCCUGGGCGACGUGGACGAGACCAACUGCACUGCCUGCGGGCGAGGAGCUUGGAAAUGCGUCACCAGCCGGCGCUGCAUCCCCGAGCUUGGCAAGUGCAACGGCGUGCCCGACUGCGAGGACGCCAGCGACGAGGAGCCGGCCCGCUGCCUGGACGACGCCUGCCCGGGCCAGAGCCGCUUCAAGUGCGCCAACGGCGAGUGCGUCCACCGGUUCGAGAGGUGUGACGGCGUGGCGGUGUGCUCCGACGGCUCGGACGAGCACGAUUGCUGCCGGCCGGACGAGUUCCGGUGCUGGCUGGACGAGGGCCGGCCGCGGUGCGAUGGGGUGCAGGACUGCGAUGGCGGCGAGGACGAGGCCGACUGCGCCGGCGAGCUGGUGACGAGCAACCAGGGCCGGCAGGGAGACGAGUACCAGCUGCCGUCCCCCGCUAGACGGGGCCGGCCCUGA